AUGGCGUGCUGCGAGAGUAUGUCCCUUGACUCGAUGCUGUCACCUUUUGACCCAGUAGUGACCGCCGUGAAAGAAGCCCUCAAAGCUGCGCUUUCCCUACCAACAGCACGCUUCUCAGAAAAUAUUUGGAUACUCACAGAUGAACUAGAGGUAGCUCGCCUUUUAUUUCAGUGCCCAAUUUGCUCGUCGCAAGUUGUUUUUCAACAAAUACAGUCCCUCUCCGCACCCGGCUCCCACGCAUCCCUCCCUGGAAAAUCAAGGCUUACUGGAUCCCAAGCCGCUCUGGCAUAUUGGGCAACGAUUUGGCCGACGACUCUGCCCAGGAGGGGCUUUCAAAACCCCCGCCUAUACCUCGUGGGUACGUUUCUUUUGAUACCGCGAAAAACCGCAUCAAAGCAGAAGUAUCGACGGCUAUGA